GCUGAAGCUGCUGGCGCUCCUCCUUGCUACUGCUGCCCUGUUCUCCUGGCCAGGCGCUACCGCCCCCGGGGGCAUGGGGUGUCGCUGACUGAGGCUCCGCCGCCGCGGCGGGGGGGGGAGGGGAAGGGGACCGCGGGGCCGGGCUAGCCCUGCACCCAUUCGCAGCCUCCGGGCCCGGGACGGAGCCGCUCCCCCCCUCUCGGCCCCCCCCCAGCCUCCUCCCCCGCCUGUCCAGGGGCGGCACUGCGGGCUGGGAAGCCGGGACCAGAGGAGAGAAGGAAGGAAGGAAAGAAGAGAAAAGAAGAGAAGAGGACAAGGAAGGAAGGAAGGAAGGAAGGAGGAAGGAAGGAAGGAAGGAAGGAAGGGAGGGAUCCGGAGGGGCAGAAGAGGAGACACAGGACAGUAAGGGAGAGAGGACCACACUCGUGCCCCAGCAUCCACAGGCCAGAGUGGGGACAGUGCUUCCUCCACCGCUCCUCGGAUGUUGACGGGGCCUCGUCGAGGACGCAGUCCCCCUGAGCCCAGGCUCCACAGGCCUUCACUGCCGGAGCCCCGCAGGAAUCAUGCCCAGGUCCUUCCUGGUUAAGAAGGUCAAACUUGACACGUUCUCUUCGGCAGACCUCGACAGCUCCUACGGGCGAGCCCGCAGCGAUCUCGGAGUGCGACUGCAAGAUAAAGGAUACCUCAGUGACUACGUGGGGCCUGCGUCGGUCUACGAUGGCGACGCUGAGGCGGCGCUGCUCAAAGGGCCGUCCCCGGAGCCCAUGUACGCUGCGGCUGUGCGCCGAGAGCUGGGUCCCGCGGCCUCCGGCUCAGCACCGCCACCCACUCCUCGCCCAGAGCUGGCCACGGCUGCGGGCGGCUACAUCAACGGCGACGCAGCUGUCAGCGAGGGCUACGCGGCCGACGCCUUCUUCAUCACCGACGGGCGCUCACGCCGUAAGGCUGCUAAUGCCAACGCUGCCGCGGCCCCCUCCACAGCUUCGGUAGCGGCCCCCGACAACGACGCUGGAGGCGGGGGCGGGCCGGGCACCAGAGGCUCUGCAACCGGGUCUGCCACUCGGGGCGGCACACGCGCGGGGGCGGGCACUGAGGCGCGUGCGGGGCCAGGGUCCACCGGUGCUGGUGGCCGGCACGCGUGCGGCGAGUGCGGCAAAACUUACGCCACGUCGUCGAACCUGAGUCGCCACAAGCAAACGCAUCGCAGCUUGGACAGCCAGCUGGCGAGGCGUUGCCCAACGUGCGGCAAGGUGUACGUGUCCAUGCCGGCCAUGGCCAUGCACCUGCUCACGCACGACCUGCGCCACAAGUGCGGUGUGUGCGGCAAGGCCUUCUCGAGGCCCUGGUUGCUGCAGGGCCACAUGCGCUCUCACACCGGGGAGAAACCCUUCGGCUGUGCGCACUGCGGCAAAGCCUUUGCAGACCGCUCCAACCUGCGUGCACACAUGCAGACGCACUCCGCCUUCAAGCACUUCCAGUGCAAGCGCUGCAAGAAGAGCUUCGCGCUCAAGUCUUAUCUCAACAAGCACUACGAGUCAGCCUGCUUCAAGGGCGGCGCCAGCGGCCCCGCAACCCCGGCGCCGCCGCAGCUCAGUCCUGUUCAAGCCUAGGGCGGCUGGGCCUCCGCCACCCAGGUCGGCUCUCAGCAAUACGGGCCCCCAGGGAAGUCUCCGCUGGCGUCCCGGCGGAGGGGCUGGAGGGCGGGCCCUUCCUCACAGCAAUAGGGGUAGGGAGCCGGCCCCACCCUGCCCCGCUCGCCAGGAGCCUUGCCAGCCCCUUCAAGCAAUAGGGUCCCGAGGGGAGACCCACCCCGAAACCCCUCCCCUCUCCUCCAGGGUGCCCCAGGCUUUCUCCCAGCAAUAGGGUCGAUCAGACCCAGAACCGAACCUCAUCUCUUAGUUGGGUCUCUGAAGAUAAGGGUGAGGUGAGGUCAGGAAAGCCCUCCUCCCUCCUCUGCGCCCCUGAAUCGCGUUGCAGAGACUCAGGUCUUCCCCACCCCUUCCCAAGCCUUCCAGGCCGGGCCUUCAGCCCAGGUGUCCAGGGAGUCAGCCCCUCCGGGGCAGCUGGCCACAGGAGGAGGAGCAGGAGAGCAGGCGGGCUACAGUGGCGUUCUGCCCUACAGGCUUCGCGGACCUCCCGGGAGUGCUAGAUGUUUUGGGGAUCGGGGAGGGGCGCGGACGGCGGCACCCCUCUCCCUUGGAUUCUUUCAGGGGCCUCAUUCGGAGCCGCCCUCCUACCCUCGCCUCGCAUCCUCUGCCAAAUCCGAAUUCUUCCAGCCCAGAGUCCCGGGCUCUGUCCUCCAUAACGAAUAAUAAUGACGCAUAUCGGAAUCGCAUGGACUUACCGACCUACUCAGACCCCGCUCCCGCCCUGCCCCGGGGCCCCCUCCCUCGCCCCCCAGGCUCCUGGUGUUGGAGGACCGAUACCCGGGCCUGGCAGGCUGGCGUGCCACUGCCCUCUACACACCUCUGUAUUUGCUUUGCGGGUAAAGCCCCCUGGGGGGGUUGCGGACGCGUCGGGUUUCUUUCUUUCUUUCUGUAUUUAUACGUUUUAUUUGUGAACAGAUUGCACUCGGGUCUGGGAGGGGGCGCCGAACCCUCAUCCUGCCCGCCGACGCCCGAGGCUUAGGAUCCAGGACCACUUCCUCUGCCUCUGAGCCUCGCCCCUAGCUGGGCUCUGCCUGUUGGGAGCCUCGGACCUCGCCUCUCAGAGGCCGGCCCCUUCCUAGAGGCCCAGGCCCCGCCCCCACUCGGUUGCCAACUUUCGCCCGUCUAUGCCAAAGCCUCGGCGGCGACCCUUCCCCAAGGGCCCGCCCCAUUGGCCGCCGCCUUUGUGACGUCACUGCAUGCAGCCCCACCCUUCUUCCCAACCCUUCCCGGGGCUGCCCACUCCCCUUUCUCUUAGUUAGUCCAAUGCCGACUAUAGAGCAAUAAUGCGCACUGCAUGCGAAGCUGCCGCAGCCUCUAGAGUUACUAAGAAUCAGGUAUUCCCCAGCCCUACCCACCCUAUAGGCCCCUAGAUCAGGGAUGCUGCGCGGGGGCCGGCCGCGCAGACUUUCUUUCCCCCUUCCCGACCCCAGGGGCAGAGCCCGGCGGGCGUCAUAGUUCAGAGGCGUGGACCGAAUGGUAGCACCCAAGGACCCUCCGUCAGUCGUUCAUCAAUCACCCACCAAUCAUUGGGUAUCUACGAUGUGCCAGGCCCAUUCCUGAGUCCUCCAGAAAUGUGGCAACCUUCGGGAGGUGCCUGUCGACAACUGGGGCCCACUAAGCUUGGGUGGGCCAGGGUGGAACACACAUGCAGAAGGCCGGGUCCCUAAGCCCAGAUGACCACCUCAGCCCUGGUAUGUGCUGGGUGCAGUCGGGCUUUGCCUUUGACUUGGGCCUUGUGUUCCCAGCUCAGAUUGGACAGAUCCCAGGGUCCCAGGUCUCACCUUCACCAAGGCUGCCCAAACAGGUGCCCAGUCCUCUGAUUCCCUGAGAUGCGCGGUUCUCCUGUCCCUGCAGCUAUGGUGCAACAAGCUGGAGUAUAUGCCAUGACCAGCCUCAUCCCAGCACCAAGCUUGGCUGCCCCCCAGGGGAGGGCUUGCGAGCAUCGAAUAGCAGUGCCCAUAUCCAACCCCCUCACACCACCUGGUGAAGUGCCCACAGUUCCCAGCCUGGGCCUGCCUGACUGCGGCAUGCACACGCACACAGAGGCACCUAUCCCGCCCCACUCUGCACUCCUGUCUACCUACCUAUGGAGAAGGCUGGAGGGCUAUGGGCCCACCAGGAUCUCCCGCUUCGCCCCACACCCUGCCGCCGUGGAAAGCCAUGGGCCCCCUCCUGCCCCCAUAACUAAGCAGCACAAUAACCGACUUAGCGAAUUCAGGUAGAAGGAACGUUUAGGUAGCACCUAUUUUGUACUGAUUCUACAAGUAGGGCCCGAGGUGCGGGGGCCCUCGGGUGGGGGCUGUGGCCGCCGGCCCGCCCCGCCCCCACCCCGCCUGCGCCCCGCCGCCUUGUACAUAUUCCUGGCCUGCAAAAGGCCAGGAUUUUUACUCGGGCUGUGCCCCUCUUCCGCCCCCGUUUGGGGCCGGGCCGGCCAGACAGACGGACGGACGGACAGACCUCCUUCCUAAGCACAAUAGCACCAGCUCCCCGGAGCACCGCACCUCCACGAGGAGAAUAAAUGCCACUCUUGAUAGAA